AUGAUGAGCAUCCUCGCGGCAGCGCUCCUACUAACAACAGCGCGCGCCGCCUUGGCGCCCGUGCGCCAGUGGGCCGAUUUCUCCUCGGCCCUCGGCCACAACCGGACCUGCACGAGGCGGGGCGGCAUGGUCUGCGGCCUGUCGGAUGACGAGGCGGCCUACGUCGCGUCGACCUACGACGUCGUGUCCAUCGAGAAGUGCUUCGGCACGGGCCCCGGCGCCGAGGACCGGACCAUGGCCAACUUCGUCGCCACGGCCGCGCAGCUGAAGGCGUCCAACGAGCGCACGAAGGUGCUCUUCUACUGGAACGCGCGCGUCGCGGGCCCGCCGCGGUGCUACGAGGCGGCCUUCGGCGCGGAGCUGCUGGCGCACCCGGACUGGUGGCUGCGCCGGGACGACGGGAAAGCGCUGUGCGUCGGGCCGGGCGAGCGGACGCCCGUCUGCGACGACGACGACAUGACCUGGCCCUACGUCGACUUCUCGGUGCGAGCCGCCGCGGACUGGUGGGUCGCCGCGCCCCUCGCCGCGCGAGACGAAGCGGGCGCGAACAUGUCCGGCGUGUUCUUCGAUUCCUGCGACCACUGGGACUGGACCCUGUGGACGAACGUCGCGGCGCUCUGGCUCGACGCGACGCGGAAACUGCCCCCCGAGGCGCCCCUGCUCGUCAAGACCUGGGUCGGCCCGGAGAUCACGCCCAUCGACGCGGACGGCCCGCGGUGGCCGCGCCACUUCCGCGACCCGGCGACGAACGCGACGCUCCGCAACCGGACGGACGCGGGCGUGCGCCGCGCGGCGACGGAUUUGGCGACCUACGCGCUCGCCGCCUACCUGUGCCUGGCGACGGCCGGCAGCUACUUCUCCUACGGCUGGUGGUACGACGUCUCCCAGGGCCCGCUCUGGCGCGUGGACCAGCUCGACGUCGCCGUCGGCGACCCCCUCGGCCCGCCGGAGUUCGCCGGCCUCGCGUGCCGGCGCGACUACGAGGGCGCGACCGUCUCCGUGGACCUCGCGCGCUGGGACAGCGCCGCCAUCGUCCCCAAAGGCACGUAA